GUUACAGAGUAGAUUAUCAUUCACACAAAAAUGUCGUUUACAUUUACUUAAACGGAUUUUGUAUCUGAAGUUAAAUAAAAAAUAAAUAAAAUUAAAGUUCUAUCUAAUUAUGUAUUAUAUUACAACAACAUUCGUUAUACAGUUAAAAAUAUGCACAUGCGUAUAUAUGUUUAUACAGAAAUGAGUCGUGUAGGAACUACUUACUUAGAAUUUCGGGUAUUGGAAUUAAUGCCAAGUGAACAGAAAGCUACAAAAAAAAGGUCACAAACAAAGGUAAAUUUAAUGAAUAAAACUAAAAAUGAAGUGUUAACUAAUCAAGAUUGGCAGGCAAUUUGGCCUGCUGCACGAACAUUUCAUCCUGAUAUCGUACCAUUUACUUUACAACAAGGAUAUAAAAAUAAGAAAGGUAUACAUCCUGAUAAAUAUGCAAAUGCAGAGUUAUUGAAAAUUCCGAACUUCUUACACCUUACUCCACCUGUUAUUGAAAGACAUUGCAGAGCAAUAAAAAAAUUUUGUACGAAAUGGCCAAAAGAAUUGAAAACAGAUGAAACAUGUGUAAAAUACUUUCCUGUUGAAAUCAUUACAUCUGAUUAUUGUUAUUCUUCUCCUACAAUAAGAGAACCUCUUGCUAGAAUAGUUAAUUUGAGAGUAAGACUAUCUUCUUUGCAUUUAGAUGCUCAUGCUAAAGAUAAAAUACUUAGGUUACUGGGUAAUAGGUAUAAUCCUAACACAGAUAUAAUAACGAUAACUGCAGACAGAUGUCCAAGUAGAAAACAGAAUUUAGAUUAUGUAAAUUACCUACUAACUGCAUUGUUUCAUGUAUCUUGGCGUUUUGAACCAUGGGAGACAGAAAAAUCUGAAGUAGAUAUGGAAUAUUAUGACUGGGAUAAAAGUAAAAGCAGAAAAUCUUUAACGUCCAUGUAUAGUUGGCCAAAAAUGCCAACUGAUUCCAACUAUGAAUACAUCCCACAUGCAACAGAAUAUAAAAUUGCAGUUUCUGAUUUAAUAAAUAAAGGAGAAGAUCAAUUUUCAAUCAAUAAAUACAAACAAGCUGUUAGAAAUGUGUUAAACCUAAAAUCUUAUGAUUUUAAAAAUAAGUAAAGAAAAGUUAAGAACAAAUAAAUAAAAAUAUUGAGUUUGUAAUGUUUGUCAUUCCUAAUUUAACUGUAUUAACUGUUAUAGAACAUUUAUGUAAAAAAAAAACAUAAAACUGUGAUAAUGUGAUAUAAUGUAAUUGAAAAGGUAAGUUUUUAUUAAAAAUUAAAGGAUUAUGGAAGUAGUUGUACAAUAAUUCUUUAUCUCGACAAAAUUGUUUACCGCCGGACACUGACUAUGGUAUAUAAAGACAUAUCGUUAAGCGCUAUACCAUAUAUUUGGAGUACAGGUUGCAUUAUGCAAUACAAAAAAGAAAAAAAUAUAUUUAGGAUGUUUACAAAUGACAACCUAAAAUUUAAGUUCAAUUUCGUUUAUUUUAUUUAAAUUAAACUUAACUUAAAAAGCAAUUAAGUUCAUAAAUUACAGCAUAUCUCAUUUCUGACCUAUGAUAGUUGUGUAUUAAACGUACCAUAACUAAGAGGCAAACAAUUUUCAUUUGUAAUAUUUCUCGAUAUAACCAUACAUUCUUAUCCAACAAUGUUCCACAAAUUAGUUUCUCUCCUGAAGGUGUUUCUGACUAUUGCACCACAAUAUGAAACAUUAAGUAAAUGCUACCUUAUAAGAUAAAUAUAAAUUGAUGUUAUUUUA